AUGUCCUGCGCCACGGAGAUAGAGAUCGAUUUCCAAAAGGAGGGCGGGAGAGCCACCUCCAACAAGAAGAGUGACACUGAUCUGUCGCUCAAGUCAGAGAAUUUCUCGACCAUUGUGUACAGGAACAACGGAGAGAACUUCCGACCGCAAGACUGGAAUCGCCUGCGGACCAUCGCAGAGGGCAAUCCCGAUGAGGAGAAGAUUGGGUUUUUUGGCGUUGGGUUCUACAGUGUCUUCUCUGUAUGUGAGGAGCCGAUGGUGAUCUCCGGCGACCACGUGCUCGCCUUUAAAUGGGUCAAGGACCAACUACGCACCAUGUUCGGAGACAGUAAGAAUCAGGCGAAGGAUAAUAAGUGGACAGAGUUCGUGUUUGAUCUCCGCUCGCACGUGCCCCUGCCAGAGGUCACUCCGUUCGGCCGCUUCUUAGCCAACGCCAUUACGUUCACACGUAAUGUCAUUAGCGUUGACAUUCUCGUGUGCGGACGGCCGGUGCUUAAGAUACGCAAGACACUGCGCAACAAACACACAGCAUCGUUCUUCGAGACCCAAGAGAUGGCUAAGUACGUGUGUGUACGUGUGCGUGUACGUGUGCGUGUGUGCGUGUAG